AUGGAAGGUGAAAAAGAAAAUGUAGUCCAAGCCGUUGUUAUAAUGGACUUAUUUAAUAAUAACCUAAACCCAAUAUGUACUGAAAAUCCUGUGGGAUUAUUACCCGUUGCUGGUGUGCCCCUAAUCGACUAUGUUUUAGAGUCGCUCGUAGCUGGAGGUGUUGGCGAAGUGAUUUUGUUUUCCUGUCAAGAACCGACAAAAGUUAGGGAACAUAUAAAGAAAUGUAAACAGGACAUGGUUCCUUGGACAUUUUCUCUGGAUGUACAGAUAUUAUCAUCUGAAACGUGUGAGACUAUGGGAGAUGUUAUGAGAGAAAUAGAUGCUGCAGGUUUAGUUAGAGGAUAUUUUAUAUUGCUGGGUGUAAAUACAAUAACUAAUGUUAAUUUUGCUGCUCUACUAGACCAGCACAAACAAAUUUGUAAAAAAGAUAAAGGCGCAGCAAUGACAUUGGUCUAUAAGGAGGUUGCCUGGGACCAUCCACUUAUCAGUAAUAAUAAAUCUGUUUUCCUAGCAGCUGAUGGUAACACUAAGAAAAUACUCUUGUACAAUACAUAUAAACCAAAGUGUAAAGAUACCACAGUAUCCUUGCCACUGGAAAGCGUCUUGCAUCAUUCUGAAGUAAAAUUGCAUCAUAAUUUACUUGACACAAACAUUGCACUGUGCUCACCAUCAGUUCCACCACUUUUUUCUGAUAAUUUUGAUUUUCAAAAUAGAAAUGAUUUUAUUCAUGGUAUACUUAUAAAUGAAGAUAUUUUAGCUAGUUCUUUGUACUAUACUAAGUUAAAAGGAAAUCAAUAUGCAUCUGCUGUAACUAACUGGAAGACUUACCACAUCAUAAGCUUGGAUAUACUCCACCGUUGGGUCCACCCCUUAUCAAUUGAAUCAGGGUCCUUUUACCAGAAUAGUUAUACCUUUAUGGGCAAACAUAACUACAUAAAAACAAGCUCGGUGCUAAGCAGGUCUUGCACACUUCAAGAAGAUGUUUUAAUUGGUUCCAACACUCAAAUAAGUGAUAUGGCCUCACUUACUAAGACAAUUAUUGGAAAUAACAGCCAUAUUGGAAAAAAUGUGAUUAUUCAAGGGAGUCACAUUAUGAACAAUGUUGUUAUUAAGGACAAUUGCAAAAUCACUAACAGUUUUAUUGACUGUGAUUGUAUAAUUGAUGAAAAUAGUAUUCUUGAUGGUGUAAUUAUUGGGUCUGGUGCAAAAGUAAAUGAAGACACCAAAUUAAAAGGAAACAUUAUUGAAAAGCAACAGGUGAACAGGACUGAAAAGGGUCUUUCAAAAUCUACCUCCGAAAGUGGCACUGAAUGGGAAAAUGAGUCCUCUGGUGAUGGUGAUGAGGAAUUUAUUGGUUUUGAAAAGCAGUGGACAGACAGUGAAUCUUGCUAUUCAUCUGAUUCUAGUGCAGAGUCUUCCUUAGCAGAUUCACCAGUUCCAGAUGAUACAAAUAUCUUUUUACAAGAAGUAAUUGAUAGCCUUGCUAGGGGCUAUGAGGAGAAACUAAAAUGUGACUAUCUCAUACUUGAAAUUAAUUCAUCAAGAUAUGCAUACAACAUCCAAUUACAUGAGGUCAAUUUUUAUGUUGUUCGAGCUAUUUUGAGCCUGCCAACUUUGGUUGACAGUAAAAAUGUUCUAGUGACUGUCAGAGAUGUAUUUAAAUUUUUCCAUCCUGUUCUGGUUAACUACAUUAAGACUAAAUCUUCGAUUUUGGACUGUUUAAGAGCUGUUGAGGAUAGUUGUCUAAAAAAUGAUUGGCUUAAUGGCAAAGCAGGGCAAAUAAUACAUUUGUUAUAUAAUGCAGAUGUUGUUGAUGAAGAUUCCUUGUUAGCCUGGUAUGAGGACUUAAAAACAGAUGAAAGUGAAAUUGCACAGCAGAAAUCAUUAGUCAAUUUCUUUGAAUGGCUAAAUGAAGCAAGUGAAGAAAGUGAAGAAUCUGAAUAG